GUUCUCAUUCUUCUUAAGCUGAGCUUUUCUCAGUAAUGCCCAUGGCAAUGAGUGGAUCUCCAAGCGGGAAGAUGGCGAUGGUCCUGAGCAUCGACGGAGGCGGCAUGAGAGGGAUUUUUCCCGGCACGAUCCUUGCCUUUCUCGAAUCCAAGCUUCAAGAACUAGACGGAUCGGAUUCGAGAAUUGCAGAUUAUUUCGACGUAAUUGCAGGGACAAGCACGGGCGGAUUGGUGACAGCCAUGAUUUCAGCACCAAAUAAGGGCAAAUUCUUCAUGUCACCUGAACAUGCAAAGAAUAAUCUAAAAGAGGAAAGUGCAAUGAAGAAGUGUCGCAAUGACUUGAUCAGUUCAAUAAAAAGCUCGGUAGGUGCAAUCAUGGGGCCAAAGUAUGAUGGAGAGAAGUUGCGAUCCGUAGUCCAUGGCUUGCUCGGAGACACCACUCUCAGUCAAACCUUGACCAACGUCGUCGUCCCGACUUUCGACAUCAAGUGUCUCCAGCCGGUCAUCUUCUCUACUAACGACGCAAGAGCAAAUCCUCUGAAGAACGCGCGGUUGGUGGAUGUUUGCAUCGGCACCUCCGCAGCUCCCACAUACCUCCCGGCGCACUGCUUUGAGACUAGAGAUGAAAACGGGAAGACCCGUAGCUUCGACCUCAUUGACGGUGGGGUCGCCGCAAAUAAUCCUACCCUAGUUGCUCUGAGCCACAUUAGGAGAGAGAGCCUCUUGCAAAACGAAGAGUUCAAGUACAUAAAUCUAAGAGAGACCGAUCGAAUACUAGUGCUAUCACUUGGCACUGGUGUGGCCAAGCAUGAAGAGAAGUAUAGUGCAGCCGAGGCCUCUAGAUGGGGACUCAUCAAUUGGAUCUUUCACAAUGGUUUCACUCCAUUAAUCGAUAUCUUCAGUGACGCGAGCUCCGAUAUGGUCGAUUUACACCUGUCUACUCUCUUCCAAUGCUUAAAUUGCAAGCACAAUUACCUCCGAAUUCAGGCUGACACCUUGACCGGAGAAGAAUCAUCCGUUGAUGUUGCGACCCCGAAAAAUCUACAGAAGCUCGUGGAAAUAGGACAGACGCUAUUGCAGAAACCGGUGUCGAGGGUAAACUUGGAGACCGGCAGGUUUGAAGAGAUUGAAGGAGAAGGCACCAAUGGAGAUGCGCUCAGCCGCUUUGCAAUUCAGCUCUCUGAAGAAAGGAAGAGGCGAAGACACGCUCAGUCGCUUUGCAAUUCGGCUCUUUGAAGAAAGGAAGAGGCGAAACAAGUGGGACGUCAUACAUCCGGAGUUGGUCUAUCGUGAUUCAUGAAUAUGAAUACACAA